CGUCCCAUGAAGAAGCAGAAGAAUAUCAGGUUGCCUCAUGUCCACUCCUUCGUAGAAGCUUGCGAAACCACGCAGUUCAUCGAUCACUUUCAAUCAUUGAAUCAUCCACAAGAAUCCCAGAGAAGCAGAUAAAAGCAAAAAGAUUGAAGCCUCUCUCUCUCUCUUUCUGGAAGCUUGCUGGUACGGUGAUAUUUAUCAGAAGGAGGGAAAAAAAAAAAAAAGCUGCGCUUAUUAAUUACACAGACAUAUUAGCAUCUAGCAGGAACCAGAGAGAUGACAUGGCGUAACGAGUCUAAAGAUGAGGAUGGGCUUCGAUUAGCCAAUCCUAAACCCUCCGAGACUCGAAUCAUAACUUGCCCUUCAUGCGGUCACACCCUAGAAUUUCAAGAUCAGGGUGGCAUUCACGAGUUGCCGGGGCUGCCAUCUGGAGUGAAGUUUGACCCGAAUGAGCAGGAGAUAUUAGAACACUUGGAAGCAAAAGUUGAGUGUGAUGUUCGUAAGCUUCAUCCUCUCAUCGACCAGUUCAUUCCCACUCUUGAAGGCGAGAAUGGCAUCUGUUAUACCCACCCAGAAAAGCUACCGGGAGUAAGCAAAGAUGGGCAGAUUCGGCACUUCUUCCACAGGCCAUCAAAAGCAUACACAACAGGGACAAGGAAAAGAAGAAAGGUUCACUCAGACGAAGAAGGAAGCGAGACAAGAUGGCACAAAACUGGCAAAACCAGACCAGUCUUGGUUAAUGGUGCACUCAAGGGUUUCAAGAAGAUACUUGUGCUUUACACCAACUAUGGCAGAAAAAGAAAACCCGAGAAGACCAGCUGGGUGAUGCAUCAGUACCACCUCGGAACCAACGAAGAAGAGAAAGAAGGACAACUCGUGGUCUCCAAGGUUUUCUACCAGACCCAACCUAGACAAUGCGGUUCUUCCAUUGUUAAUCAUAACAUCAUUAAGGAUCCUAAUAGCUAUGAGAAAGCAUCCAACGACCAAACGGGGAUUAAUAAUGAUCGUGACACGUGCACUGCAAUAUUGUCCAAUAAGAAUGGAUCAUCUGGUGUUUUAGAGUACUACAGUUCUCCUUACAUGAGUUAUGACCACGUGGUGUUGGGUCAUAAUAACGUUAGAGAAAGUUCACCUCAACUUAUUCCAAACUUGGUUCUCCAAGGUGAUGCCUCUUCUUUCUUUUCCUUUAGCAAUGGAUUGAAGCAAACAAAGACAUGAUACAACAUUGCAUUAUUGGAAGAUCAGUCCUGCAGCUAGUGCUAGUACAGAAUAUAGUAUAUAUAGAACAUAGUGGAGAUAUUCUUCUGAAUCAUGCAUGCACUGCAUUAUUUUUGUGCGAGAACAUAACAUAUAUAAACUCACCAAAUUAGUAGUUUCAAUAGAUCGAUUGCAUUAUCUGUGAAAUAGCUUGUUGGAGCGAGUUCUUUAAUUAUUUAAGGCGAGCCAGAACAUACUAUGUAUCCAAGUUUACUACAGAAGUGAUGAUAUAUAUAUAUAUAUA